AUGCAUUGCAAGCGCAGGGCGCGGGCGGCCCGAGCAGUCCCGCAGCCAGCGAGCCGGGCGCGCAGCCGCCCACUUGCGCUGUGCCCGCCGCAGCCGAGCCCGGCCCCGGCGGGAGCCGAACGGAGAGCGGGGAUCGCGAGCCCCGGCCAGAGCAAGCGCGCGCGGCCGCCGCCGAGUCAGCACCUGGAGGACAUGGAGGAAAGGCCGGCAGAGACCAACGCCAGUGUGGAUGACUCAGCGCCCCCCUCGGUGGCCCAGCUGGCCGGGCGAUUCAGGGAGCAGGCGGCUGCUGCAAAGGAGACACCAGCCAGUAAACCAACAAGAAGGAAACCGCCCUGCUCCCUCUCUCUGUUCCCCCCCAGGGUAGAGCUGGGCCAGAAUGGUGAAGAGAAGUCACCGCCCAGUGCAAGCCACCCUCCUAAAGUCAAGGUGAAGAGCUCGCCUCUGAUAGAGAAGCUCCAGGCCAAUUUAGUCUUUGAUCCAGCGGCCCUGCUGCCUGGGGCCUCACCCAAGAGUCCUGGACUCAAGGCCAUGGUGUCACCAUUUCACAGCCCGCCUUCUACCCCCAACAGCCCUGGCGUGUGGUCUCGGGCCAGCGAGCCAGAGGAGGUGCCCGUCAGCUUUGACCAGCCUCCUGAGGGCAGUCAUCUGCCCUCUUACAAUAAGGUGCGGACAAGGGGCUCCAUAAAAAGGCGCCCUCCCUCCAGGCGAUUCCGAAGGUCCCAGUCGGAGGACUGUGCGGACCUGGGGGGGCUCAGGGCCGAGGAGUCCUCCCAGGAGAAUGGUGCCAAGGAAGAGAAUGGGGACGAGGUGUUCCUAGCCAAGAGCAAGACCCCAGGAUCCCCUCCUCUGAGGAGGACGCCCAGCUGGACAGAGAAGCAGGAAGAGAAGGGCAGGGCCUUGAGGGUAGCCCAGCAGCACGAAAAGGCUGUGGGGAGCUCUGAGGAGGCGGCCAGCCAGCGUCCAGCCCGAGCCUCCAGCCCAGAGGCAGAGGACGGGGGUGGGAGCCCCACGGAGGAGAAACCGGCUGAAGGGCAGAUGGAAGAGCCUACGGAGGUGAAGGAGAGGGCGGCCAGCAAAGAGGAGGAGCCCAGACAAAGCAGCCGAGACACAGAGGGGCUGGAGGAGGGAGCUGUGGGGGAGGAGACCCCCCAAAACCCCCCUGGAGGAGGGGAGGGCGACCACAGUUCUGAGCAGGGAGCUGGCCAGGAAAAGCAAGAUGACGGGACCAUCCUCGAGCCAGGCUGUGACCCUGGCACUGGCCAUGCCCAGCCGGACACAAGCAGUGAGGUCCCCAAGACGGAGGAUAAUACCCCUGUCCAGGACACUAAAAUGUGA